AAACAGGGCAACCAAUAUAUACUUCGAAUUUUAGGCGUUAUAAAAACUGUUUAAUCAAAAAAUGCCCAAUAUUUUACCGUAUGAGCUCAAUGCGCCUGAUUCGAGGCUGGCUAGACUAUUGCUGAAUCGCUACCUCUUCGCCACCUGGCUCUGCUACCUGACCGAGUAUCAACUGUUGACAUUUUUUGUGAUCUACCAGCGAAUAGGACUCAGCAAUCCAGUGAACUGGCUGCUCGAGUGGCUGGACCAGAUUCUGUUUUCCUUUCGCGCAGUGGCACGCAUCCAGGUGCUGGGCAUUCACAUGGUCGCCUACAGCCUGCUGCUGAUCCGCUUGCACGAGCAGCUGCCCAGCUGCCACAACUGGCGGCUACAGCGCCUGCAGGAGGAGCUGCUGAUUAAGCUCUGUCUGCUGGCAAUUCUGAUGAGCCUGGGCUACUGGAGCAGCUGGUUCUACCUGAAGUAUAUGGUCGAUCUGAAUGCUGAUGUGGAUGUCAGCUUCAUCGGGCACUAUCUGCGGAAGAACGGCGUCUUGUGUGGGCUUGUCUACUUUCUGACUGAGCACUUGCGCUUCGGCAACGAGGUGUGGCCACUGCCCCUGAUACGACUGGAGACUGCCACGUGGCAGUGGCUGUACUGCCAUCACUUCGACCUAGGUCGUACUCUACCCCGAUCCCUGCUCUAUACGAUUGGCUUCGCCGCCCUCUUCUGGCCCAACAUGAGCGGCGACCACAGUGCCAGCUGCCAGCUGCUCUGCCUAUCCAGCUGCAUGGUCACGCUGAUCACUGUCAAGCUGAAUGCCAUCAAAUGCAUCUUUAGCACUGUGAUGCAUGAGGAGCUGCCGCUUACUUUUCAGAAGCAACAGGAGCUGCCAUCACUGCAGUCCCAACAGGCGCAGGAUCGUGGACUCCCCAUGUGCCUGGCUCUGAGAGCGGAUAAUCAGCUGCAUGGGUUCAGGCUGCAGGCAGCCAGGGACUUUUACAUGAUCGCGUCCGCACCCGGCUACGAGCUAAGUGAACUAUUCCAGCUGUGGGGCAUCUUGCGGAAAAGGCCCAAAAACUGGAGGGCGUUGCGCAAUGCCCUCAUGAGCAACAUUACGCAGUUUACGCAGUUGCUGAACGAAUGCCUAGCGAGGCAGACGCAGCCUAAACCUAAGCAACAGAGUACGCGCUGCCAUCCCAACAUGCGACUCCUUGCGCCACCUGCACCAGCUCCAAGUCAUUGGAGUAGGCGUUGCGAAAGCGAGGAACAGGGGCCAGAGCCGCAGAAGAUCCCUUUCCUAUCUCUAUUGGAAAAACUGCAACAGCAGCUCCGAAACUGUCAGCUGUCGGAGCAGGUUCAAUGGUUUUGCAACUGCUUACCUGUCGACGCCAAGCAGCUUAUGAGAACGGAUAAGGAGGACUGCGAGGUGUGCGUGGGCCGGCCAUUGGCCUGGCUGAUUCCGGGACUCGUCUCUAUAUGCGUACGCUCAUUGAAGGAGGACAAACACGGCUCGCUGCAACAGGAUCUGGCAAUGAUCUUCUAUGCCCUCAUCGGGCUGGAAAAGCAGAUCGCCGAUCUUCUCGAGCUGCUGGAACGGCGUCAACAAGAGCCAUGCCACACACUUAGUGUGCUCUCGGAGACGCUAAGGCUGUCUGUGAACAAACUAGUCUAUCACUUCAACGAGUAUCUGAACUUCAUUCUAGAGGAUGAGCUACUAGUUGACUCACUGAGAAAUCGUUUGUAGUGCCUUUUUAUUUUUACUUCAUGAAGGGAAAAGAAGGAAAUCUGGUUUGGAAGCUACCGUGCCUUGGAACUAGACUUGGUCCUAAGUGAUUUAAUUGCUAUAGCUCGUAUAGUGUACUUGGCUUAUUCAUCCUCCGUUAUCUCUGCGCUAUUCUUUAUAUUAAUUUCAUAUACGUAUUAUCCAUUCACCUUUGUCAUCCAUUCGUAAGAAAUCAGUCUCUAUUAAUCUAUUUGGCGUUCCGUACAGGUCAAUGCAAUCCACUUAUUUCGGAGAGACAAUGACACAAAUUUUAAUAUACUUUUUGCAGGGAUGUGAUCUAGAAAAACUAUUCUUGAAUAUCGAAUUGUUGAUAGAAUAAAAUAUAAUUUUGUUCGUUUCUUGGUGCAUAUGGAAGCAGUCUCCA